AUGGCGACGGCGAGCAACGGUCCUUCUGGGGACCUCACGUCCCAGAUCCUUCUUGCUUUGUCCAAGAAGGAUCCCAUCCUGUCUGCCGAGCAUUUCCCCGAGUUCCAGUUCGUCGACAUCAAGGCGGCGCUGGACCGACUCGCCAGCCGUUCCAUGGUGACAUACGAGUCAAUUGACCGAGAGGAAGCGGUUCUUGAGGCAGAGGGCAAACAAAUUGCGGAGCAUGGCAGUCAUGAAGCCCGCGUCUUCGAAGCUGUCCGCAAAGCAAUGGAGGGGUUGACGGUGCAAGAGCUUGAGGCUGCCGUGGGCGACAAGAACGUGACAAAGGUCGGCCAGGGCAAGGCUUUCAAGGAGAAGUGGAUCAAGAAGGGUAGCGACGGCAAGCUUGUUGCGUCUACCGAAUCGAUUGAAGACGUUACCCAAGCCCAGCUCCAGCAGAUCCAGAAGACGGGCACCCACGAGCCCAAGAUUAUUACCGAGUUGAAAAAGCGCAAGCUCAUCAAGACCCAGAAGGUCAUUACUUUCAAGAUCCAGAAGGGACCCGAGUUCGCCUUGGAAAUCAAGAAGGAAGAGACCGACCUUACGGCCGACAUGAUUACAUCUGGAUCAUGGAAGACGGCCAACUUCAAGCCGUACAACUUCAAGGCUCUUGGAGCUGACCAGAACGCUGGCGCGCUGCACCCCCUCAACAAGGUCCGCCACGAGUUCCGUCAAAUCUUCUUCGAGAUGGGCUUCGAGGAGAUGCCUACCAGCAAGUUCGUUGAGUCCGGUUUCUGGAACUUCGACGCCUUGUUUGUUCCCCAACAGCAUCCCGCAAGAGACCUUCAGGAUACCUUCUACAUCUCAGAUCCCAAGGUGGCAGACAAGCCUGGCCCUGAGUCGGCGGAUGACAAGAAGGACUACGAGACAUACUGGGAGAACGUCAAGCAGGUCCACCAGGACGGCAAGUUUGGCUCGAUCGGUUACCGUUACCCCUGGGCUGCGGACGAGGCCCAGAGACUUGUUCUCCGCACACAUACAACAGCCAUCUCCACGGCAAUCCUCCAUCAACUGGCUUCUAAGAAGGGCCCGGAUGGCAGACCUCCACCAGCCCGGUACUUCUCUAUUGACAGAGUCUUCCGCAAUGAGAGUGUCGAUGCCACGCAUCUGGCCGAGUUCCAUCAGGUUGAAGGUGUCAUUGCGGACUACGGUCUGACACUGGGCGGUUUGAUGGAGUUCAUGGAGAUCUUCUUCAACAAGAUGGGCAUUACAGACAUCAAGUUCAAGCCUGCUUACAACCCCUACACCGAGCCGAGCAUGGAGAUUUUCAGCUUCCAUAAGGGCCUGAACAAGCUCGUCGAGAUCGGCAACAGCGGCAUGUUCAGACCGGAGAUGCUUGAGGCCAUGGGGUUGCCUAAGGACAUGAGAGUGUACGGUUGGGGCUUGAGCUUGGAGAGACCGACCAUGAUCAAGUAUGGUAUCUCCAACAUUCGCGAGCUGCUGGGACACAAGGUGGAUCUGAACUUCAUUGAGAGAAACCCGGCGGUGAGGUUAGAGAAGAACUAG